CUUCGUCUCUAUUCUUCUUCGUCUUAUUCGUAUUCUUUAUUCUCAAACGGUUUUUUGCACGUACGCGUUUGACGUGCGGCGCAACCGAGCACCAGGCUUUUGCAGAAAGAGAAUCUCACUCGGGUGGCCCUGUAAGUACGAAGCUGCAGUUAUAGGUUUCGAAAAAUUGUAAAAGAAAUGCCUCCUAUAAAUACGUGGAGGACGAUAUUUGUAACUGGAGGUGCUGGUUACAUCGGCAGUCACUGUAUCGUUGAACUUUUGGAGUCUGGCUACAACGUCGUGGCUAUUGACAAUUUUGCCAAUAGCGUAACCCAAGGUAAAGGAGAAUCGGCGGCAUUAAAACGAGUGGAGAAAAUAACAGGCAAAACGGUCAAGUUUUAUAAUUGCGACUUGUUGGAUAGAGACAAACUUGAGGAAAUUUUUAAUAAGAAUAAAAUAGACUGCGUCAUUCAUUUCGCUGCCAUUAAAGCUGUUGGCGAAUCUAUGCAAGUUCCUUUACAUUAUUAUCGAAAUAACGUUAUCGGUGCUAUCAAUUUACUAGAGGUAAUGAAGGCUGCUGGAUGCUUUCAAUUAGUUUUCAGUAGUUCGUGUACAGUUUAUGGAGAACCAGAUAAACUUCCAAUUACGGAAAAUCAUAUAACCGGUAAUAUAACAAAUGUUUAUGGCAGGACAAAAUAUUUCAUUGAGGAGAUGCUUAAAGAUAUAUCGAGAGCCGAAAAGAGUUGGAAUAUUAUUGUACUAAGAUAUUUUAAUCCUGUUGGUGCUCAUCCCAGUGGUUUGAUUGGCGAAGAUCCAACAAAGAAAUUCACAAAUCUGAUGCCGUUCAUUGCUCAAGUAGCUCUUGGUCAAAAAUCAGAGUUAACAAUAUUUGGAGGAGACUAUCCAACAAAAGAUGGAACGGGAAUUCGAGAUUACAUUCAUGUAAUGGAUUUGGCAUCCGGACACGUCGCAGCCUUGACUGCGUUACAUAAGCAGCAUUACAGGCUGAAAGUAUAUAAUCUUGGAACUGGAACUGGCGUUUCGGUUCUUGAAUUGAUAAAAACCUUUGAAAAGGUUACAGGAACAUGCGUACCAUUUGUUAUUAAAGACAGAAGAGAAGGUGAUAUAGUGUCAAUGUUCGCCAAUACAAGCUUAGCAGAGGAGGAAUUAGGUUGGAAGACCAAAUAUAAUGUCGAAGAAAUGUGCCGUGAUUUUUGGAGGUGGCAAACAAUGAAUCCAACCGGAUAUCGAACACCUUAUAAAAAUGGAAAUUCUAAUUAAUAGCAAUAAACAUGAUGUCCAAAAAUAAA